AUGGAUGUCUUGUUUUCAACAUUAUGGAAAAGAGCAUCGUUUGAGCCCAAAACUGAUGCAGAAAGCAGGAAGGAUCCACGAUUUAAUAACGAGACAUUAGCAUUUUUACAAUUCCUUUCACAGAAUGCUCUACCGCAAGGUAAUGUUAUCGAAGUUGAAACAAUGCGUCUACAUGUGGAAGACAUGCAUAAAAAAAUCAAUGAAAAACUUCAUGGAACAUUCAAGAGUACAAUAGAAGAAAAAAUCGUGAAAACUAAUUCUGCAGAAAUACCAAUUACCGUCUAUACACCACUGAAUGUUAGUAAAGACAAAUUAGUUAUUUAUUUUCAUGGUGGAGGCUGGGUUGUUUGUAGUCGAAAAUCUCAUCAAGCAAUUGUUAAUUCCCUAGCUGAUGCGACAAAAACAAUUUGGAUUUCUGUAGAAUAUCGUCUUGGUCCUGAAUAUAAAUAUCCAAUUUGGCUUGAUGAUGCAUUGGAUGUUACUCAACACAUUAUUCAAAAUAAAACAGCUUACGGUGUUAAUCAAACAGCUAAAAUUGGAGUUGCCGGAGACAGUGCUGGAGGCAUGAUUAGUGCUUCAAUUUCUCGUUUAUUAAAGGGCAUCGAUUUUCAAAUUCUUGUUUAUGCAGCAUUAGAUAUCCUUGGUGAAACACCAUCAUAUAAAGAAUUUGCGAAGCCAAUGUAUUUUCUUACGCCUGAAUUAAUGAAAUGGUAUACAACACAUGCAUAUCAUCGUUUGGAUGAUGUGAAAGAUCCUCGAGUAUCUGCUCUACUCAAUAAAACAUUUGAAGAAUAUCAAAAAUUACUUGAAAAAGCUGGUGUUCAAACAAAAUUAGUACUUAUGAAAGGUGUCGUUCAUGCAUUUUUUAGUUUACCAGGAAUUUUUCCACAAGCAAGUGCAGAAGCAAUCGAUGCUAUUCGAGAUUUCAUGGAGUCAAUUUGA